AUGCUUGUGAAGCCUUCUGUGUGCAUCUUUCUUUUCACCUGUGUCUUCCAACUCAGCCAUACCUGGUCAGUGAACAAUUUCCUGAUGACUGGUCCAAAGGCUUACCUGAUCUACUCCAGCAGCGUGGCAGCUGGUGCCCAGAGUGGAAUUGAAGAAUGCAAAUACCAGUUUGCUUGGGACCGCUGGAACUGCCCUGAGAGAGCCCUGCAGCUGUCCAGCCACGGUGGCCUUCGCAGUGCUAAUCGGGAGACAGCAUUUGUACAUGCCAUCAGUUCUGCCGGGGUCAUGUACACUCUGACUAGAAACUGCAGCCUUGGGGAUUUUGACAACUGUGGCUGUGAUGACUCCCGAAAUGGGCAACUGGGGGGCCAAGGCUGGCUGUGGGGAGGCUGCAGCGACAACGUGGGCUUUGGAGAGGCAAUAUCCAAGCAGUUCGUCGAUGCCCUGGAGACAGGACAGGAUGCUCGGGCAGCCAUGAACCUGCACAACAACGAGGCUGGCCGCAAGGCGGUGAAGGGCACCAUGAAACGCACGUGUAAGUGCCACGGGGUGUCUGGCAGCUGCACCACGCAGACCUGCUGGCUGCAGCUGCCGGAGUUCCGAGAGGUGGGUGCGCACCUGAAAGAGAAGUACCACGCGGCUCUCAAGGUGGACCUGCUGCAGGGUGCAGGCAACAGCGCGGCGGGCCGCGGCGCCAUCGCUGACACCUUUCGCUCCAUCUCCACACGGGAGCUGGUGCACCUGGAGGACUCCCCGGACUACUGCCUGGAGAACAAGACGCUAGGGCUGCUGGGCACCGAAGGCAGAGAGUGCCUACGGCGCGGCCGGGCCCUGGGCCGCUGGGAGCGCCGCAGCUGCCGUCGACUCUGCGGGGACUGCGGGCUGGCGGUGGAGGAGCGCCGCGCCGAGACCGUGUCCAGUUGCAAUUGCAAGUUUCACUGGUGCUGCGCGGUCCGCUGCGAGCAGUGCCGCCGGCGAGUCACCAAGUACUUCUGCAGCCGCGCGGACCGGCCACGCGGGGGCGCGGCGCACGAACCCGGGAGAAAACCCUAA